AUGGAACCGGGGCAAGAUUUACUGCUUGCUGCUUUGAGUGAGAGUGGUAUUAGUCCACAUGACCUCUGUGACAUCGAUGGUGGCGAUGCAGGCCUUGUCACUCCAACGCCUAUACCUCCAGUUCAUCAGUCAGUGCCACUUGCAUUAGAACUAGGACUAGAGACUGAAGCGGCACUUCCUGUUAAACAAGAGCCAGAGACGGUACCUACGCCAACACUGUUAAAUGUUAGGCAGCAACCUCCAUCUACUACAACAUUUGUGCUGAACCAAAUAAAUCAACUUCCAACCUUGGGAUCUACGAUUGUAAUGACUAAAUCACCGCCUGUAACAACUAACAGGCAGACGAUCACUUUGACAAAGUUUAUCCAGACCACUGCAAACACUCGCCCUUCAGUUUCAGCCCCCGCUGUCCGAAAUGCUGUUCCCUCCGCACCUUCAAAGGACCAGGUGCAACUGAAGGAUCUACUGAAAAACAACAGUCUGAAUGAGCUCAUGAAACUGAAGCCCCCUGCUAAUAUUGCUCAGCCCGUUGCAACAGCAGCUACUGAUGUAAGCAAUGGUACAGUAAAGAAAGAUUCUUCUAAUAAAGAAGUAGCAAGAAUAUGGAUAAAUGACAUGAAAAUGAGUUUUUCUCCGACCAUGAAAGUCCCUGUUGUAAAAGAAGAUGAUGAACCGGAGGAGGAAGAUGAAGAAGAAAUGGGUCACGCGGAAACCUAUGCAGAAUAUAUGCCAAUAAAAUUAAAAAUUGGUCUACGUCACCCUGAUGCUGUUGUGGAAACUAGCUCUUUAUCCAGCGUUACUCCUCCAGAUGUUUGGUACAAAACAUCCAUAUCUGAAGAAACCAUUGACAAUGGUUGGUUAUCGGCAUUACAACUUGAAGCAAUUACAUAUGCUGCUCAGCAACAUGAAACAUUCUUACCAAAUGGAGAUCGAGCUGGCUUCUUAAUUGGGGACGGUGCUGGUGUAGGAAAGGGGCGGACCAUCGCCGGCAUCAUCUAUGAAAAUUACUUGCUCAGUAGGAAAAGAGCACUGUGGUUCAGUGUUUCAAAUGACUUAAAGUAUGAUGCAGAAAGAGACUUGCGGGAUAUUGGCGCAAAGAACAUUUUGGUCCACUCAUUAAAUAAGUUUAAAUAUGGAAAAAUUUCUUCUAAACAUAAUGGCAGUGUCAAAAAGGGUGUCAUCUUUGCUACCUAUUCUUCCCUUAUUGGCGAAAGUCAGUCUGGUGGGAAAUACAAAACUCGUUUAAAACAACUACUACAUUGGUGCGGAGAUGACUUCGAUGGAGUUAUCGUGUUUGAUGAGUGUCAUAAAGCAAAGAAUUUAUGUCCUGUUGGGUCUUCAAAGCCAACUAAGACAGGUUUGGCAGUCUUGGAGCUUCAGAAUAAACUGCCGAAAGCCAGGGUUGUGUAUGCCAGUGCUACUGGUGCAUCUGAGCCUCGCAACAUGGCCUAUAUGAACCGACUUGGAAUAUGGGGUGAAGGGACCCCUUUUAGGGAAUUCAGUGAUUUUAUUCAAGCAGUAGAGCGGAGAGGUGUUGGUGCCAUGGAAAUUGUUGCUAUGGAUAUGAAACUCAGAGGGAUGUACAUUGCUCGGCAGCUGAGCUUUACUGGAGUGACCUUCAAAAUUGAGGAAGUUCUUCUCUCUCAGAGCUAUGUCAAAAUGUAUAACAAAGCAGUCAAGCUGUGGGUGAUUGCCAGAGAGCGAUUUCAGCAAGCGGCAGAUCUGAUUGAUGCUGAGCAGCGGAUGAAGAAAUCCAUGUGGGGCCAGUUCUGGUCUGCACACCAGAGGUUUUUCAAAUACUUGUGUAUAGCAUCCAAAGUUAAAAGGGUUGUGCAACUGGCUCGAGAAGAAAUUAAGAAUGGGAAAUGUGUCGUAAUUGGCCUGCAGUCUACUGGAGAAGCCAGGACGUUAGAAGCCCUGGAAGAGGGUGGAGGAGAAUUGAAUGAUUUUGUUUCAACUGCCAAAGGAGUGUUGCAAUCACUCAUUGAAAAGCACUUCCCUGCUCCAGACAGGAAAAAACUUUAUAGUUUGCUGGGAAUCGAUCUGACGGCUCCAAGUAACAACAGUUCACCAAGAGAUAGUCCCUGUAAAGAAAACAAAAUAAAGAAGCGGAAAGGUGAAGAAAUAACUCGAGAAGCCAAGAAAGCACGAAAAGUGGGCGGCCUUACUGGUAGCAGUUCUGAUGACAGUGGCAGUGAGUCUGAUGCCUCAGAUAAUGAAAGUGACUACGAGAGCUCUAAGAACAUGAGUUCUGGAGAUGAUGACGAUUUCAACCCGUUUAGAGAUGAGUCUAGUGAGGACGAUGAAGAUGAUCCUUGGUUAAUCAGGAAAGAUCACAAGAAAAGCAAAGAUAAGAAAAAGAAGAAAAGCAUAGAUCCAGAUUCUAUCCAAAGUGCCUUAUUAGCAUCUGGUCUUGGAUCCAAACGACCUAGUUUUUCAUCAACACCGGUUAUUUCGCCGCCUCCUAACAGCACACCAGCCAACAGCAACAGCAGCAGCAGCAGCCUUAUAACAAGUCAGGAUGCCGUGGAGAGGGCCCAGCAGAUGAAAAAAGAUCUACUUGACAAACUAGAAAAAUUAGCAGAGGACCUCCCUCCCAAUACUCUGGAUGAACUAAUUGAUGAACUUGGAGGCCCAGAGAAUGUUGCUGAGAUGACUGGCCGCAAGGGGCGGGUUGUUAGCAAUGACGAUGGAAGCAUCUCCUAUGAGUCAAGAUCAGAACUCGAUGUGCCUGUAGAAAUACUAAAUAUCACAGAAAAACAAAGGUUUAUGGAUGGCGAUAAGAACAUUGCCAUCAUCUCAGAGGCUGCCAGCUCAGGUAUUUCCUUACAAGCAGAUCGCAGAGCUAAAAAUCAAAGGCGAAGAGUUCAUAUGACUUUGGAAUUGCCCUGGAGCGCUGAUCGAGCAAUUCAGCAGUUUGGACGAACUCACAGAUCGAACCAGGUUACUGCUCCCGAAUAUGUCUUUCUGAUUUCUGAGUUGGCAGGGGAACAAAGAUUUGCAUCUAUUGUUGCUAAAAGACUUGAGAGUUUGGGGGCGCUCACGCAUGGCGAUCGAAGAGCGACGGAAUCUAGAGAUUUGAGCCGGUUCAACUUUGACAACAAGUAUGGAAGAAACGCUUUAGAAAUCGUCAUGAAAUCAAUUGUCAACCUGGACACUCCUCUGGUAUCCCCGCCUCCAGAGUACCCGGGGGAGUUCUUCAAAGAUGUUCGACAAGGACUGAUUGGCGUUGGCCUCAUCAAUGUAGAAGAUCGUUCAGGAAUUCUAACGCUCGAUAAAGAUUAUAACAACAUAGGGAAGUUCUUAAAUAGAAUUUUAGGUAUGGAGGUCCAUCAACAAAAUGCCUUGUUUCAGUAUUUUGCGGACACACUGACUGCAGUUGUUCAAAAUGCCAAAAAGAAUGGAAGAUAUGAUAUGGGAAUCUUAGACCUUGGUUCUGGAGAUGAAAAAGUGAGGAAAAGUGAUGCCAAGAAGUUUCUGACUCCGGGGUAUUCAACCUCAGGCCACGUGGAGCUGUUUACUAUUAGUGUCGAGAGGGGCAUGUCCUGGGAGGAAGCCACCAAGAUUUGGGCUGAGCUAACAGGACCAGAUGAUGGCUUUUACUUGUCAUUGCAAAUAAGGAACAAUAAGAAAACGGCCAUCUUAGUUAAAGAAGUAAACCCUAAAAAGAAGCUUUUCUUAGUCUAUAGACCAAAUACUGGGAAACAACUCAAAUUAGAAAUUUGCUCUGAUCUCAAGAAGAAAUAUAAGAAGGUGGUGUCUGAUGAUGCCCUGGUGCACUGGUUGGACCAGUAUAACUCCUCAGCAGAUACUUGUACCCAUGCGUAUUGGCGAGGUAAUUGCAAAAAGGCCAGCCUGGGAUUAGUGUGUGAAAUAGGGCUUCGUUGCCGCACGUACUAUGUGCUCUGUGGGUCGGUCCUGAGUGUGUGGACAAAAGUGGAAGGUGUUCUGGCAUCAGUCAGUGGCACAAAUGUGAAAAUGCAGAUUGUUCGCCUGAGGACAGAGGAUGGGCAGCGGAUUGUAGGUUUGAUCAUUCCAGCCAACUGUGUGUCUCCGCUCGUAAACCUCCUGUCAACUUCAGACCAGUCUCAGCAGCUUGCGGUCCAGAGGAAACAGCUGUGGCAGCAGCAUCACCCGCAGAGCAUCGCAAACUUGAGUAACGCUUAACGAGCAGACAGGUUUCAACAUGGAUCUGUGGGAAUGCUGUUGAAGCAUAUCAUUUGCAUAAAAAUCAGGGACAGUUUCCAAAGAAUUAUAAUUUUCCCCCCAGUUGUGCGAACACACGCACUUUCUGUCUCUCCCUCUCCCAUUUGUUAAUUUUUAGGGGAAUAAGGACAAGCCUGGAAUAGAUAGCAGAACUGAAAAUCAGCCCUGCCGAUGGUGUGGUGCACCUGUCUUUCCUCUUCCUUCUUCUGUGGUACUUCCUGUUUGCUUUUACGUUACCUUGGGUGAGCUGAGGGUGUGUGUGUGCGUGAGUGUGUGCUUGUGUGCUUGCUGGUUUGUGUGUUUGUUAAAGGCUACAAACAGCAAUUGGUUUAAGAUGCUUGGAACUUCCCACACUGACUUUAUUUUUUCGUUCUCCAGUGCUCAGGUAUAAUGCAGUACAUCCAUGGCCGGAUGCAUGUUGAUAAAUAAAGAGACUGUGUAUUAGUUCUCUUCCCCCCGUGACCAUAGGCAGUAGGUUUGUUAUAGCAUGAAACGAGAGGUUGCUAUCAUCCGUUCAGGUUCUUUUCUUGUUUAUCUUCUGACACUGCAUGUUUGGAAGCAUGCGUACACAAAAAUUACCAGAAGUCAUGUAACAAAGAGACACCAAUGUGUAGCUGUACAGCAUUGGGUAUUGCAUUUUAGUGUUUUUGCCUGGGUGUCGCUUCUGCCCUGUGCGCUCCUUUGCCCCAACCCCCAUGCCCCCAGUUUCCCAAGGUAUUGAGUACAUACUUUCUGGUGUGUGUGACAAAAGUCUCAACGGGUCCCUUUUAUGAAUGUGUUGAUAGUAUUCCUAAUGCGUGCUGCAAAACAAAAAAGGCUGCAAGCCUGUUUUUCUUGAAAUUAGAGUUUCCUUAAUUUAAAGAGUUUUAGAAAGUAGUACAAAUUGGCUUCCAUCUUAUACACAAGCUGUUUUUCCCCUUCCUUUUUUACUCCGUUCUCUUUUGUUCGUCCUGUCACUCUUGAGUUUUGACCUAGACACCGAGGAUACGCUCAAGGCUUCUGUUGUCUUUCUUUUUGUUGUUAUUGUUGUUACUCAGUAACUUGAAUAUUGUUUAUUGUGUUGUAAGACAUUGUAGAGUUUAUCUCAAACUGUUAAAAAUGGUAAUGUACAAAUGUGAACAGACACUUAUCUAUAAUAUGGGUAAGGUUGUUUUUUUUCCUAUAAUAGAUGUUUAUAAACAAGUUGAGGGGACAGUUGGUCUUUGUGUUUCCUUUAUCUUUUUAUUAUUAUUUUAUUUUAUUUUUUGCUUGCACAGGUUGCACUAUUGAAAAAAGAAUUGAGAUUGUAUAAUAAACCUGGUCAACACUGCAAGAUACCAGAAUCUUGUAGAUGUCAAAUAAAAAGUUGUUAUACUAACAAGCAGUGGACUCUUGCUUAGGCCCUCCCGCCUCCAGCAGGAGUCUGCCAGGGCCCCGCAGGACGUGCAUGGUGCCUCAGCAUCCACGCGGCCUUAUAUGCUAUGCUGGCUUCCCACCGCCCCAAACCAGUGAGGUGGUGCUGACAGAGGCGCCGGUGCUAGCUUCUUGAGUGUGUUUUAAGUUGAAUUACUGUUGUUUGGGUUACUCCCAGAGCUGGCUAAAGGGUGUGGGUUCAGUGAGAAGCUCUCAGAACUUGGUGGCGGGCUAGGGCUGUACCCUCAACACACGUGCAGCCUGAAUUCUGGAUGUGACAUUUGCCAUCAGUCUUCUUUUAGAUGCUUUCUUGAGAAUAGUUUCUGUUCUGCACAUUUUGCCCAGUGGAUGCAACUCCCCUCGAUCCCAUCUCAGCCUUUGACUGUGUGGAUCUCCACCAGCAGCCACGAGUAGAGGUAGCCCUUUCAACUCAGCAAGGCCUUCCUGUUCCUGUCCCUCCUCCUGCUUCUGCUGUCAGUCCCUGCUCACCUGCCGUUCUCAUGCUAGGGUGAAACCGAACUGGGUCCCUUUCCCCUCCCUCUCCCAGGUGGCUGGGCAAGUGCAUGCUACCCAGCUCAGGGCAGGACCUUCUUAGUAGGUUUGGGAGUUGUGAUGUUUUAGCUAAGCAGUUUCAGAGUGAGGGCUCUUGUCUGUGAGUACUUGGCCCCUACAUCUGAUGGCAUGUUAACUCUGGGACUAGCAGUCUUGCUGCAAAGGGAUGUUUUCUUGUCACACAGAUUGACAAUUAACAAUAAGGUCCAAAAUCUCUUCUCCAUUUUGGGGAAGGUGUACCUCACAAAAAAGGCAGUUGGAAAAUUAAAAAAAAAUUUUUUUUUAAGGCAAUCUAGGAAUAAAUGGGUGGCCAACUAAGCACAGACCCAAGUGCCUGGCUGUCCCCCUCUCCAAGGUCAGCACUUGACCUGUAUCCUGUGCCCGUACCCAUGAUUUGUGUCAGAGUCCGAGAGUUCAGGUCGGCCAAGGUCCGGCUGUCAGAAGCUCCUAUUGUAACAACAGCUCCCUUUGUAUAGAAGCAGCUUGUGCACUUCAGACCUGGGAGGAGUCUGGCCCACCUCUGAUAGGCCUUUUGUCAUCCCCUCUUAGCAAUACAGCUCUGAGCAUGAAGGUGUGAUUACAUAUCACACUGCUGCUCUCAGAGCUUAGUGUCAUUGGUACUGAACCUUUUUUGUUCUUUUGUGGAAUUUGGUUGUCUGCUCUAACCUAGCACCCUUGGUGCCUCAUGGUCUCUGUGUCUGCAUUGAGUAGGAUUGCCCAGGUGUGCUGUCAGUGAGGAGUGUUCAUGGAGUAUCUGUAAAUUCAGCUUGUCCAGUGAGCAGUCUUCCCUUUUUCCUGCUCAGUUGCAGAUAAAGCCUUCAAGCGCCUCUUUACAUGUGUGUAUAUAUCAGCAGAACUGCCUGCAAAGCAGUGGAAUCGUGUGUUGUGUACAUAUAUUUAUUCUGACCCUACUUGUUAGCACUUCCGAGACAUUUUUAGCUGUUGCCCUUUUUUGGGUUCAUCUUAAAGAGGUAGGUAACUGCUCUCCAUUACCCAGAUCCAGGGAACCCAAUGUUUUUGAGACACAGCGUUCUGGUCUUAGUGAAACGUUCCCCCUGAAUCAGUGGGGCAGGGACCCUGCUACUUUCUGGUUGAGCACGAGGGCCAAGGCCAUGAUCUGGGCUGGUUCAGAGGGUGGGCACUGAGAAGAGGCAGUCACCCUGUGAUGGGGCAGAGGGCCUUGUUUUAACAAGAAGCAGAAGCACGUCUAAGCCAUUUCAAAGAAUGGUGCUGCGUGAGUCUGCUGAGUGGGUCACAGUUAGUGAUGCUUGGUCCUCUGUGACACCACUGACCAGACAUCUUUUGUUAGCCAGCCCUCUUGAGGCCUGUGUACACGCCACACAUUUUGUGGCUGAAAUGUUGUGAGCAUUCCACGCAACAUCUCUCAUUGGCUGCCAAUUGCCCACAACGACCUCUAGUGUCUGGUCAGGGCCCAGGAGUAACGGAAAGCUCCUAUGGAGACGAGCUCACUAGCCAGCUUUGUUUCUUUCUGAGAACGUGAGGUCGAGACCGAAGCCUGCCCUGUCUCGGUUAGGCUGUGCUUGUGAAUAUGUAUAUAGGUGUGUGUAUAUAGAGAAGUGCUGCUUUCUUCUGAAAUCCAAAUGUAAAUACUUGUACAUGGAGAACCCUGCCUCCCUGUGCAUCCCUCCUUCCCUCCGCCAUGCUGAUCCUUGUCCUGAGCUCACUGGCCAUGCACUCAUAGUUGGCUGUGAUUCCAUUCUGCAUCUGGUCACUAGAAUGUGUCUGCUCCGUGUUCGUUUUCACCGUGCGUGAGUGGGUUCUGCUUUUUGUUCUUGGUUUUUACUGUGUACCGCGCAUUGUUUGGAGGGGUGUUUGAGUGCUCUCUGAGCCUGUCGGUAUGCUUGUUGCUGAUGCUCCUAGGAAGCUAUAAUGAGCCUGUUCUUGUCACAUUUCUUAAGAGAAUUCUUCCCAAGAUUUCUUUCAAGCUCCUCUAACUUCUUCAGUGCAUUGGGAAUCAAACUUUGCUCCUAGGUCAGCCUCUCCUUUGUAAGGCCGCUAAGGUGGCUCACCACCUAAAAGAAAUCUCACAGGUGUGACUCGGCAAUGGGUAGCCUGCUGCCUACCCAAGUCUUCCCUCCACCCCACCCCCAUCCCCGCAGCCCACCCCCACUUCCUUUAGGAAGCUGGUCUGAGGCUUUACAUCAACAAAGAAUCCGAGGUUAACUCCCCUGAGCCCAGAGGAUGAUAGCCGUCAGACCAGACCAGCACCUGGUACGGGAUGGUGUCCACAUGGACAGCUGAGGUCCUCCUCCCAACACAGCUACUAAUGUUGGGGCUAGUUUCUGGACCAGCGGGCAGCCAUAGGUGAAUGGUGGUUGGAUUACAGGGGUCUGCCCUUCCCACUUUUGCCCUUUGUGAGAUUAGUGUGAGAGCAAAGUGACCCAGCGCUGGCACUUCAAUCAGAUACUGUACUUUUAAGAAAACCUGCCUUCAUGACUUUCAGGGCAGAUUGUGAGCCAUUCGCUCACGAAAAGUGCCACUUCAUCAGUUGACAACAUUGGACGAGGCUGAGUAACUUAAUUUGUUGGGGCUUGGGGCCUGGGGCCUAACUUGUCCCCGCUCUCUGGCAAUCUUUGGUCUACAUAGCUAUCACUAGGGCCCUCAGAGGCCAACCCAGACAGCCCUUCAGGGCAGAGGACCAGACAUAGGCCCCUUCAGGACACCCCUGUGGCCCAGAUUCCCUCCCUCCCUGAGAUUCCCUUCCUGAGUCCCACGCCUUCUUGGAGCAGACGUUGCUGACCUGUUUGUCUGUGGGGCUCUUUUGCUAUGACAGUAUUGAUGGCACUGAAGAGGAUAAAGUGGCUUGAGCCUCUCUGACUUCUGCUCUAUGAGGCAAGGCGAGCCUUUUCCCCUACAUAGCACAUGGUGGUCGCACUGUUCCCAGAAAACAUUGCUCUGCUCAUGGUUUCUACUCAGUUUGCAACCUGCUGAUACUCUUUUUGAAUAACCACUUAGCUAUCUACCAUCAACCUCGAGAGGCGGGAGAGGUAUGCUAUGUCUCUGCAAUAAAACUUGUGCCAGGUUCUACCUCUGCUGAACAAAGGGUACUUUUAUAUACCUAGGCUUUGGGCUCUGGCCUUUGCUAACCCAGCAUGGUGCGUCAUGUGAUGGCAACUCCAAAUGGCCAUGAACUCUGGGUUUGUCUUAGAUGUUCUUGGGUUCAAGGCGCCCCCCCGCCCCCCACCCCCACCCCCUUGUCGCAGCCAUUCUGUUCUGGAGGCUGUCGGUGCGGGAGGAUGCCUGCACGCACUGUUCAGAUGAAGCUGCCCUGCUUCUCCAGACUCAUGUUGAGCGCCACUGGCCCCACCAUGCUGGCGCGUGUCCUAAAAAUCCAUAGGCUUACUGCAGACAUCAUGUGCAGGGUUUAUUCUUGUAGGUCAAAGCGAUCAACCAUGAGGCUUAACAGAUUCUGUAUUUUAUUUUCGUCGCCAUGUUUUGCUUUUUCUUUUGUAAGAUUCUUAAAUAAACUGGCUAACGUGCA